AUGUGCCAACGAAAAGAAGCCAAUCCAUCCCUCACUAUCGAUGAACUUUCAGAAGAAUAUGAUUAUGAAUCAAAAACAAUGGCUAACAGAUCAGUGAAGUUCAUACAAUUGGAAGAUGCUCUGAGCAUUUGGACCUGUCAGGAGAAUCUCGGUGCCAAAUACGAAGCCAACAAGAAAGCAUGGAUGACAAGCGAAAUUUUUGGACAUUGGAUAAAGUCUCUAAAUACUAUCAAUCAUCUCAAAUGCAAAAAAAUUCUUGUCUUGGUUGAUAAUGCCACUUCUCAUAUAGUUAAUGAGGAAUUGGAACAUUUAUAUCUUCAAAGUGUUUUGGAAGCCAUGGAUAUUGGAGAACAAAUACCUCAUCUCAACGUCAAGGAAGCAAUUGGAUUUACUUCAGAAGCAUGGAGAAAUCGAAAAACCAAAAUAGUACCAUUAAUCGAGUUGAAUUGGCCAAGUUUGGAUGUACAACAACAUGAAAAUACAAGAAUAGAAAUUGACAUUGAACAACUUAUUUCUAAUAUUUCUAUCAAUAGCAUGCAA